AUGGUAAAACGGGACCUGGAGAAGGAAAAGCAGAUGGAGCUUGCUGCGAUUUGGGGAAGCGAGACAGACGGUGAUCUUCGCUACCCGCGACGACGUCGUGCAGCUGCGAAACGGCCGAACGCUAUUUCUACUACUUCUGGUUCUGGAAACGAAGAGGUUGAAGAUGAUCAUCUUUCUGACUUGGGAAGUGAUGCUAUCAGUGAAGAUCGUGCCUCAGAUAUCGCCGCACAGAAGAGUAAAAAGGCUAAGAAAAAUAAAAAAACGAAUACUACUUAUCGACUCCAUUGUUUCAUUGAACCUGGAACAGAGAAAAAUGCAGUACGUACUGUUUUUGAGGCGUAUGAACCGAAGGUGGAGUUAAGAACAUCACAGAAGGGCAACUUGUUGAACAAAACGCACUAUGCGGUGCUGACAUUUCGAAAUAAAGCCAUGGCUUUACAUGCUGUGAAGGUGCUGGAUGGUACUAAUCAGUAUGAUUUGCUUGGGGUGAAAGAGUUGAAGUUGCGACUUAUGCUUUCGAGGAAGGAGCACAAUGCUGCUCGGCAAAAGAUGCGUAAACGUCUGCGUGAAGAACGUGGACGUCAGUUGAUGGAAGAAUCUAAUGAGGACGCGGAGUUUAUCAAAAAUUUUCUUGCGACUUAUGCCCCAUCGGUUAAGAAUAAAGAAGAGACGCAAAAAUGA